AAGAUCUUCUAUUCUUCAAAAUGUUCGGCCGGGAAAACCGAGUGGAUUUCAUCUCUCUUGGUUCCGAAGGAGUGAAAUCGGUAGGUACUCUAAAUCAUCUUUUAAGGAAUGAUUUUCUUAAUAAUGGUAUCAUUGUGUCGGCAAAUUCUUGCAAUGGUCUUUUGUGUAUGCAAAUCGAGCAUAGUGAUCAGGAUCUGUACUCAAUUGUUGUUUACAACCCCACCACUGGUAAACACGGAUCGAUUCAUGAUCCAGAAGGUCCCUAUGUGUCAUCAUUCCUGCUUUUCAGUAUAGUUUUCGAUCCUGUUAAAUCGGACCAUUACAAAAUUGUCCGGGUUGGUGGGUACGGAUUGAAUCACACACUCAUGGUCUAUUCCUCUGAAUCUGCGAGUUGGAAGGAUACGGAAGGCAAUGAUGUCGAUGUGACGGGUCGAUACUAUUUAUGCUUCGAUGUGGAAAAUGAACGGAUUAGGCUAUCCAUGACCGAAAUUCCUAUCAGCGUAGUCUGUAAAACAGGGUAUGCUUGGGACACUGAAUUUUUUGGGGUGGCCGGUGGGGAUUUGUGCAUUGUGAUCCCAAACGAUGCCAAUUCACGAACCUUCAAGUUUGAUAUAUUUGCACUGAAGAGGGAUUAUUCUGAGUGGGUUUUGAAGUAUCGGGUUGAUGUCGCGCCUUUGACCGAUGUGUAUCCUGAAAUUCGGAGAAGUUUGUGUGGGUUUGGUCUUCCUUGGUUUGCUGUGACUGCAAAGAAAGCUGUGAUUAAGAUUUCGAUGGAAAUGAAACUUAUUUCUUGUGAUAUCAGCAAUAUGGUGGUUGAUGAACUCGUUGAGGUUGAGGGUCAAGUGGAGGGUCUUUCUUCUGUUUACAGGGGGUAUGAAGUUUUCCCGAAUGUUGAAUACUUUGCGUUUGUCUAA